UUGCCAUUGAGUGCUUUCCAUCGCAGAGCUGCAACCCCAGUAACGCAGGGCUGGGUUUAAGCACGCGAGGGGACGCUCCAAGUGCUCGCAAAACCACACCUUGAAGCGCAGCGCUUGCCGUUACGUACCCACUGCUCCCCAAGUAGUCCAGUGCAGUGCAGUGCAGCAAGAUGCUGGCGACACGCCUCGGCCGCGCCCCGCGCGCGCUGGCGCGGCGCCACUUAUCAUCCAACGACCUCAAGUUUUUCGCGGGAGUGCCAGAAGUAACAAAAGAAGGCGUCGCGAUUAUCCGCCUCGACAACAAGAGCCAAAAGAUGAACACGCUGAGCCCGGCCCUGCAGGACGAGGCCAAGAUGCUGUGGAAGGAGCUGACGUCGAAGCACGACGUCAAGGCUGCAGUUUUCAUCAGCAACAAGCCGGACAACUUCAUCGCCGGGGCCGACAUUGGGAUGCUCGCCGCGAAGAAGAAGGCAGGGGAAGAGGACUCGUUGCGGGCCGUCUGCUUGUCAGGACACGCCAUGUUCGACGAAUUGAAGGGUUCAGGAGUGCCCUUCGUCGCGGCGAUCCAUGGUGCUUGCCUCGGCGGCGGUCUCGAGUGGGCGAUGAAGUGCGAUUCCAGAAUCGCGUCGACGUCGCCGAAGACGAAGCUAGGCUUACCGGAAGUCAAGCUCGGAUUAUUACCGGGCUGGGGCGGCACGUACGCCUUACCCAAGCUCGUGGGCCUCACGGAAGCAUUGCCGAUGAUCCUGCAGGGUAAAGAAGUGAGACCGGAUAAAGCGAAGAAGAUCGGGCUCGUUGAUGCUGUUUGUGAUCCCGCCGCGCUCGAAGCUCUAGCGGUACAAACCGCAGUACAACUUUCGCAAGGUAAAAAAAAACAAAAGAAGAAGUCGUGGAAGCGCUGGGCCACCGAAGAUAUCAGUUUCGGGCGCGAUUUCGUGUUCAAGAAGGCUAAGGAGACCGUCGACAAGACGACGCGUGGUAAGUAUCCCGCGGCCUAUGAAAUCCUAAGUUGUGUGGAGAACGGCCUCGGGAAGCCGCCUUCGGACGCCUUCGCGUUCGAGGCCGACGCCUUCGUGAGGCUCGCGAAAACAAGUGAGUCGUCGGCGCUGAUCGGGCUGUUCGACGGCAUCACGGCCGCGAAGAAGAACCCCUACCCCUCUACCACAAAACCGUCGUCUGUGGCGGUGCUCGGCGCGGGCCUCAUGGGCGCGGGCAUCGCGCAAGUUAGUGCCGAGAAGGGCUUGGCUGUAGCUUUGAAGGACGUCUCGCCCGAGGGUUUGGCCAAGGGUGUCGCGUACGUGGCCGGGAAUCUCGACAAGAAGGUGAAAAGGCGAAGGAUGGACGCCUUCAAGCGGAACACCAUUGUGAGUAGCAUUACGGGCUACCACGACAGCGACGGGGGCAACGCCGAGGCGUUCGCCAAGAAAGCUUCUCAGUUGGACGUCGUCAUCGAGGCGGUGUUCGAGAACCUGGAGCUCAAACAUAAAGUGUUUGGUACUGUUUCAGGCUUAGUUCGGGACGACUGCGUCUUGGCGACGAAUACCUCGGCGAUACCUAUCGAAAAAGUGGCUGCGGGUAUUGAUAAGCCGGAACGCGUCCUGGGCAUGCACUACUUCAGCCCCGUGCCGUCGAUGCAGCUGCUGGAGAUCAUCCCCCACGCCGGGACGAACGAGGAGUCCAUGUCGAAAGCGUUUGGGGUAGGCAUCAAGCAAGGGAAAACAUGCAUCGAAGUCGCCGACGUGCCUGGGUUUUACGUGAACCGAGCCCUCGCGCCGAUGAUGGCCGAGGUGGCACCCUUGUUUGAGGAUGGGGUCACGCCCAAACAGUUAGAUGAAGCUAUACUGGAUCUAGGCAUGCCCGUCGGGCCGAUAACAUUGUUAGAUGAGGUCGGUGCUGAUGUUGGUUUACAUGUCCAGCAUACCAUGUUGGCUGAUGCUACCAUGGGUUCGAGGAUGGCGGGCGCCAAACCGGAAAUGUUGCAACACUUGGUAGAUCAGAACUGGAAGGGCCGCAAGGACGGGAAAGGCUUCUUCGUCUACAAGGGCAAAAAGAAGGAACCCCAUCAAGAAGUCCUGGACUACGUGGAGAAGUCCAUCAAACAGAGAGAUGCUGAAUUAACAAAGGAGCAGAUCCAGGACCGCUACUUGAGUCGCUUUGUCAACGAAGCUUUGAUCUGCCUCCAGGAGGGCAUCCUCAAGUCGCCUGCCGAUGGCGACUUGGGCGCCGUCUUCGGCACGGGCUUCCUGCCCUUCACGGGCGGGCCCUUCCGCAUGAUCGACGCCGUCGGCGCGCAGCUCUACGCGGACAAGCUGUCGCGCCUGGCCGACGAGCACGGCGACCACUUCGCGCCGGCCCAGCUUUUGCUUGACCACGCGAAGGCCGGGACGAAGUUCCACCCCUAGUCGGUCGUGUGUAAAUUUAUUUCCAAG